GAAAAUUCAUACGUCUUUCAGAAGCCAAAGGCCAGCACUGAAGCACAUUUGCUUCCCAGAUGGACUCUCAGACUAAAACAGGGAAGGUUUACCUGCAACCGCACAAAGUUGGCAAAAAAUGGAAGCCAGUGUGGUUGUCUCUGUUUCCCCCCAGCAGCAGUGGAGUGGGUCGACUGGAGAUCCAGGAUAUGGGAGGUGGUGGUGCUGGAGCUGAUCACAUGCCUGGGGUCAGGAGACACUACCAGCCCCAUAUGGACAGGAAGCUGAAGGUGGUCCGACUGUCCGACCUGAUCAGUGUCCUCAGACUCCCCCCAAACGCUGAGGCCUGUCCAAUGGACAACAUGGCAGCAUUUUGUGUGGAGACACAGGAAAGAACGAUGGUGUUUGCCGCACACAAAGACGACUGCAUGGAGUGGGUAGACAAACUGUGUCAUAGCACGUUUCAGAGAGGUGUUGGCUCAGACUCUACUCAGCUUCAAAUGGAGGAGAACCAGAUAUAUGCCUCAGCAGAUGACGCCUCAGAGUUCUGGGUGCAGGUUCAGAGGACUGAUGCAGCGACACGUUGUGGCCUGAAGGGGUCGUACUGGCUGCAGGUCGGGCAAGAGGCGCUGCUGCUGAGAGAAACACAGAAAAAGGACAUUGUCAGAGAAUGGCCGUACGAACUGCUGAGACGAUAUGGAAAAGAUAAGCUGGCCUUAACCAUCGAAGCAGGGAGACGCUGUGACUCUGGUCCGGGAACGUUCACCUUUGAGACACAGCAGGCUGAGAAGAUAUUCUUACUGAUCCAGAGUACCAUCAAACGCAAGACUUCAUCUGCCACUUCAGGAAAUCAAAACCAAGAGGCUGAGAAGGUUGUAACCAACAUACGGGCUCACUCCCCUCUCCCCAACAUACGGGCUCACUCCCCUCUCCCCAACAUACAGGCCCACUCCCCUCUCCCCAAAAUACCAGAUAUGACCGUUAUGGCUGCCAUUCUGGAGAACAAACUGAGGAUACAGGACAGUGCCGCUGCCUCAGAAGACAGUGCACAGGAGGAGUUGCUCAGUUCACCAGAGAGUGUAUCAGCGCAGCCAGCUCCUAUCACCCUCAUGCCUCUUCCAAUGGUCCCCACACAUGACAGCCGAUCUGGAGGUCAUCUUGGCGGCCAAUCAGAAGCUGUGUAUGCUGACCCAGCUGAUUGCAUCCAAUCUGUAUCAAGGCCGCAGCCGACCAUGGCUCUGUAUGUAGAUCCCGCAUGUGUUCUCCCGCUCAAACCCCCCGGCCCCACAGACUCUCUCACUCCCUCUCCUAACUCCUCUGCUGCACAUCCCAGCUUUAACAUCAAUCACCCAGAUUCAGAUUACUCGGAGGUGUAUGACAAAGUCAGUCCAGUCCAGAAUAAAAAAACUGUCAUUCAGAGCAAAGGAAAAGUCGUGAAAAAGCAUCGUACACAUGAUGAACCCAUUUAUACUGAGCCUGUGAGCAAGAAGGAGGAAGUGUCUGAUAAAAAAGAGAGCGAGCCAGACCCGUUCGCUCACCUAUAUGCUCAAGUCUGCAAAAAAUCUCCAUCCUCUGACACCGUCCCUCCCAGCUCCGCUUCAUCUUCCCCUCCUACUGCCAGUAUGAGCACAACAAAAGCCACGGACCACUCUAUUGAUGAUGAUGUCAUCUACGAAAACCUGGGCAUCAUUUAAUUCAGUUGUCAAGUGCAGCUUAUCACUAAAGUAUCUAAAGCAAAUGUAUGUAGAGCCUGACAUGUAUUUUUGUACACUGACUGCUGUGGGAGUUCAUUGAGAAACACUUUACCUGGUUAGCACUUGUCCUGCAUGGAUGCGCUUUUCAUUGUGUAUUUCUAUAUACAAAUAGGGAUGUCUGGAUUGAACACUUUUGCACUUACAUAACGUCACGGUUUCAGAACUGUAGGAAUUGUAAAAUCUGCAGUGUCCUGAAUCCUGCAUUGCUGCCAUGUGAAAACAAAUCUUGCAGGUCACACAUGUGUGCGCUGGUUUGCUUUACGUUAGAGUGUCCUGCCGCUCACCUGAAGCCUUGAGGAGAGCUAUUAAAAUAUCACAGGGAAGUUACAUUCCAUCCUUUUAUCUGCCCAAAAAAGCACCUUAAAUCGGCAGCGUGGAAGCAUUUCAGAUAUCUACAAACCGACCAGGGAGUUGUUGCUGAAGAUGGACGUCCAAUUUGCAAAGUGUGCGGCAUUAGUAGUUACGAUGGGCCCUAGUGCACGCUAUUGUGCACGUAUCGUCUCAUCACAUGAUCAGACUUGACACUGGAUGACAUCAUCAACAGAAAUAUUACCCAGCAACCAUCAUUACAUAUCUGUACAAAAAAUAGUUUUUACGUAAUAAGAGUUCCUCUUUGAAUCCAGUUAUAUAUUCAAGGUGGCAAUCACUCUGAAGGGCCCAUUCUCCAUCCAACAUAUUGAUGGAGGGCCCACUCUCUCUAUGGACCCCCCACCACACAGGCCCCACUGCAACCACACUGCCUGCACUAUUUACGCCCCACUGAUACAUAAUAGUAUUUCUGUAAUGCCAUAACCAUAACAGUAUAUGUUUGUUGGUUUGCUGAGGAUGUUGUUCUUCUGAAUAACUCAGAUAACAAUGUUUAUAUUGAAAAUAUCCUACAGUUAUUUUUCAUUUCUGAUUGUUUUUCAUUGAGCUGUAUAAAUAAUUCUGUAAAUAGGAUGUGUCACUUUCAUAGAGUGUUAUCUGAAGUGUUAAUUCCUGCAACCCCCACUAACAUGUACUGUAUAUGAUAUUUUUAUUUUAUAUUUUUACUUCAUGUGUUGGUUAAAAUCAUUUCAUACAACCCAGCCCAUUUUUGCAGUAUAUGAUUAAAGCAAGAAACUAUGUAACUGGAAAAAUACUGUAUUUUUGAAAUGAAAAGGUCAAAAACAAUAAAAUGAGCUGUUCAUUACACUAAAGAGUUUUGCUGCUACAGCUUUACUUGGUAGAUUAUUAAGUAGCUCAUGGUGGCGAAUGUUACCUAAUAUUUGCAAACUUCACAUGACAGAUUUUUCUGUUUAAAAGACGAUAAGUCAGUUCAAUGAUUCAUUUCUACCUUCAACGCAUUUACCAUUAUUCCAAAAGUCUCACUAGUGACUGCAUAGUUUUGACAAUUUUUUUUAAUAAAACUAUUAACUAAAAGUAACUUGUGUUACGGCUGGCAAAUCUUCAUUGUUUAAAAAUGAAUUUCAGUGAGUUCUUAACAGGGUGUAAUAACCUCCCGAUCACAGGCUCUGGAUCACUUCAAAAUGACCUUGUGUGUUUGGAUCUGUUGCAGCAUGUGAGGGUAAUUAUGAGUCGCUCCUUUGGGCUGCACAAGUCAGUCACUCCCUAAAUACGCCAUAUACGUGGAUCUUUCCAGCUACAUAUUUCCUUUUUAUUAUUAUUUUAAUUCCGGUUGAGGCAAUUUUUUAAAUGUUUCCUUCCAGAAUCCUGUGCUGUUUGGAUUCAUUUGAAAAGUACCUAACACAUUUUGUCACAUGUGAUGUUUAUGUAACUAAUCGCCUGGAUGUUUUGUCAUGAUAAUGUGACCUUUAUGUGAUGAUUUGCAGUAUCUCGCCUGCCAUCUGCUUGUCACAUCAGUUACCUUUUCUUGACAAAAAUAUAAUUUUUGUGCAGCUUGUAAUUUUUUUCUGGACACAGGAGGUAAACACCAUUAUGUGCUAAUUUUCACCUCCACAUCUCUCUUCUCUUCCAUUGUUACACUGUAAUAAUUAUUAAUUACAAACUAUUAUGAUUAAACACGAUUUUAGUGAAGAUGUAUUGUU